AGUACAAAAAAAAUAAAAAUAAAUUGCAAAAAUUAAUUCACAGUGGCUCUCACUAACCCUAAAGGCUAAAACCCUGAGUAGAGCUUCCAUUUUCGCAUUGUGCGCAGGAGAGAUGGAAGAAGCUACGGAGAUGGAUGUGGAAGAAGGAAAUUCUCUUCCAAAUUCAAAUUCAAAUUCGAAUUCGAUCAAGCGAUUUGCACUAAAAAACACUAUUCAAACAAACUUCGGACAAGAUUACGUCUUUCAAAUCGUCCCCAAGGAUGACUGGACGUCGAUGGCGGUUUCUCUGUCGAGCAACGCAGUGAAACUAUACUCACCAGUCACAGCUCAAUACAUUGGAGAGUGUAAGGGCCACUCUUCGACCAUCCACCAUAUCUCCUUCUCAGGUCCAUCCAAUCCACAUAUCUUGCACUCUUGCUCUUCCGAUGCUACCAUCAGAGCUUGGGACGCUCGAUCAUUACAGCAGGUGUCUUGUAUAAGCGCCGGUCCUUCCCAAGAGAUAUUCAGCUUCUCUUUUGGCGGAUUGGGCGAUAAUCUUCUUGCUGCUGGAAGUAAGUCUCAGGUGUUCUUUUGGGAUUGGAGAACUAAGAAGCAGGUUGCAUGUUUGGAGGAAUCUCACAUGGAUGAUGUUACUCAGGUUCACUUUGUUCCUGAUCAUCAAAACAAGCUUGUUUCGGCUUCUGUAGAUGGUUUGAUGUGUAUCUUUGAUACUGCUGGAGAUAUCAAUGAUGAUGAUCAUCUGGAGUCAGUGAUUAACGUUGGAACCUCAAUUGGAAAAGUAGGGUUUCUCGGAGAGAAAAAUCAAAAGCUUUGGUGUUUGACACAUAUUGAAACUUUAAGUGUUUGGGACUGGAUAGAUGCAAGAGCUGAAGUCAACUUCGAGGAUGCUCGCUCAUUGGCCUCUAACAGCUGGACACUAGACCAUGUUGACUAUUUUGUUGAUUGUUGUUACUCGGGUGAAAAUGAUCAUUUAUGGGUGAUUGGUGGCACCAAUGCUGGCAGCUUGGGCUACUUCCCCGUAAAUUAUAAAGGAAAGGGAGCAAUUGGAUAUCCGGAUGCUGUUCUUCAGGGUGGUCAUACAGGCACUGUUAGGAGUGUAUUGCAUAUGUCAGGCCUGCACAGUGGACCCACCCAAAGUCGGGGUAUUUUUGGAUGGACUGGUGGCGAAGACGGCCGCCUAUGCUGCUGGUUGUCAGAUGAAUCAUCUAAUAUAAAUCGUUCCUGGGUUUCAAAACUCGUUAUGAAGUCACCCAAGACCUGCAGGAAAAGCAGGCACAUUCCUUAUUAGUUUCGUACUUUCUGGUGAAAGUUCGCAUGUUGUAUUGUAAUUUGUUUAGUUUUUUGUUUAGUUUUUGUUUUUUCAAUGGAGAGAGUUGGGGACCUCAAGGAUGAAGUGGGAAUUCCUCAUGAGUUUCUGUAUCCUGUAUUACAUUAAAAUUAAAAUUUAGAGGCAAAUCAAAUCCUUGCCCCUUGGUUUCAGAAA